CGAACUGUUGGCUCUGUGAUCUUUCCUUCCUUCCCUUCUUUGAUGGCGUCGUCAUUCGCCUGAUGUAUGAUAAUUUUUAGUGAUUAUUUUGUAUAAAGAAAGUAAUUAAUAGUAACUAUGGCUAAAUUUGAUCUUACAUCACGUAUUGGUCAGUAUCUUGAUCGGCAUUUAGCCUUUCCGCUUUUGGAAUUUUUGGAUACUAAGAGAAUUUACGAUGAAAACGAACUGCUCCAAGCUAAACUUGACAUCCUUAGCAAAACAAAUAUGAUUGAUUAUGUCAUUGAUAUUAGGAAGCAGUUGUACCCUGAUAAGGAAGUUCCGGAAGAAUUGAAGUUCCGUCGUGCUGAAGUUGUUAAAGAACUUGGAUCUUUGCAAAAUGAUGUUUCGGUAGUCGUUGGGUGGAUGAAUGACGAGAAAGUAAUGAAAAAAAUGGAAGAAAUGCGGGAUUCAAAAGCAUUGAAUAAUUAUUUGGUUCAAGAUUUAGAAUUCAAAAUUGAAAUGAUGGACGGACUUGUAAAAUUGGCAAAGUACCGAUAUGAGUGCGGUAAUUAUUCAAUCUCCACAUCCUACUUGUACUUCUAUGUGUUGAUUAUGCCACCAACUGACAAGAAUUAUUUAAACGUUCUCUGGGGUAAACUUGCAUCUGAAAUUCUUGCUCAGAACUGGGACACUGCAUUGGAAGACGUAAAUAAAUUACGUGAAUACAUUGACAACAAUGCUAUUGGUAAUUCUCUUCAUGUUCUUCAACAACGUACAUGGUUAAUUCACUGGAGCUUGUUUGUCUUUUUCAAUCACGUUAAAGGACGUGAUUUAAUCAUUGAAAUGUUCCUGUAUCGUCCUCACUAUUUAAAUGCUAUUCAAACAACUUGUCCACACAUUCUCCGUUAUUUGGCUGCUGCAGUUAUUGUGAAUCGGUCAAAGCGAUCAACUUUGAAGGAUCUUGUCAAAGUAAUUCAACAAGAAUCUUAUACAUACCGUGAUCCAAUCACUGAAUUUUUGGAGCAUCUAUAUGUUAAUUUUGACUUUGAUGGCGCUCGCCAAAAACUCCAGGAAUGUCAAACAGUUGUCUUCAAUGAUUUCUUCCUCAUCGCUUUGCUCAGUGAAUUUGUUGAGAACGCAAGAUUGAUGAUUUUUGAAACUUUCUGCCGUAUCCAUCAGUGCAUCAGCAUUGGUAUGCUCGCUGAAAAACUGAACAUGAAAGCAGAUGUAGCUGAAUGCUGGAUCGUCAAUUUAAUUCGUAAUGCACGAUUGGAUGCUAAAAUUGAUAGUAAACUGGGACAUGUCGUCAUGGGUGGACAACCAGCAUCUCCAUACCAACAAUUAGUUGAAAAAAUAGAAACUUUAAGCGUACGAAGUGAAGCGUUAGAAAAUCUUAUUGAACGUAAAUUGAAAGCUAAAAAUCAAGAUCGUGUUAGUAUUGUUUGGAACUAAGUCGUUUUAUAACAAUACUUUAAUCGAAAUAAAUCUCAUUUAUUUCUAUCGAUAAUAGAUUUUUUUUAAUCAUUUAUCGAAACGAAGAAAGAAACAUUUUUUUAAUUUUAAUUACUGAUGAUUUAUGGUGUGAAAUUAUUAGCGUGGGCGGCUGGGAAAUGAAAUGAGCUAACGAGUUUAAAAUUGUUUGCUGUUGUAAUUUUGUUUCUCAGCCGCCCGAAUCAUUAUGACUAAAAUAAUUUUUUAAAAAUUUCUUUAAUUGAUUAAAUUAAUUGCAAUUUAAUGUAUGAAAUAAAUUAAAGAAUUAUCGAUUAAUAAUAUUUAGAAUAAAUAAUUAUAAAUUAAACAGUAAAAAUCUUUUUAGUUAAACCAGUCUUCGCAAUAACAAUAAAAAAAUAAGUGAAUUUUUUUUUUUUUUUUUUUUAAAUAUGUA